AUGUCCCUACGUCCUCACACAUACCUCACACCCACCAUAUCUCCUCCUACAUUCGCCCAGCCCUUCCCAUCUCGACCAGUCUCACCGAACAUAUACCUCGCAGAGGAGAAACACCUCUCUCAGCUAUCGACAUACAAGCGAGAUCCGGGGAAAGCAGCUGCUGCCAUUCGAUUAGCAAGCUUGCAGAAUGUGUGGGCCAAAGCGGAUGAGAGGCGGAGGUCUGAGGACGAGCUUGAAGAUGGGGAUAUACAAUGUAAGACUAGGCGAAGGAGGUGGAACACGAUCGGAGGUGGGGUUGCUUCCAUUUCAAAAACGAGGAGAUGGUUCAUUUAUGGAUUUGGUAUAUUCUUCAUCUGCUUGAUACUUAUUAGACCAUUGUUCAAGCAUGACGAAGAAGAAUCACAUCAUACGACUCAUCUCAUUCCUGGUAAUUCGAUGAAAUCGCUCAGUAUCAAGAGACCAGCUAUAUCUCGAUCGCCAAUACCUCGAGCACCCCUUCCCCCCGCUUUGUUAGCUAGAACAGCUCAGGAGCAUGAUGUGAAAGAUGGAUUACUCAAGGUGAACCCGAAGAGUACGGUUCAUCCAAUACAUCAGCUUAUAAGAAAUGCAAGGGAAACGUGGGAUAAGAAGGUCGCAAAACAAAGUAGGACGUUGUUGGAAGCUACUAGGGAGUAUCAGAGGAGAUACGGGAGGAGACCUCCUAAGGGGUUCGAUAAAUGGUGGGAAUAUGUUGUCGAAAACGACGUCCCUCUUCCAGACGAGUACGAUCAGAUUCACCAUGACCUUCUCCCAUUCCGUGCACUUUCCCCGAAAGAUCUUAAUAAUCGUAUACAGCAAACUUCCAAAUCGACUGAUACCUACACUCUUCGUAUCAAAAGAGGAUCCAUCAGGACCAACGUCUUUUAUUCAGCUGACAUACAAGGUGCAGGUGAGAGGUUAGAACAACAGACAGAACUGCUGAGACCCAUCGCAAAGUAUUUGCCUGACAUGCAAGUUGUUUGGUCGGUACAUGAUACUCCCAGAUCGUUCAUUGGUUGGGAUCACAGGAGGGAAUUGAUAGAGCAUGUUGAAGAGGAUGAAUGGUUCGACGAAGACGACGAGAUCGAUCUCACACUUUCCGACUGGUCAGCCGCUUGUCCCCCACGAUCAGCAAUCAGAUCGUUCAACUCACAAUCUUUUAAUCCGACUUGGAUACCCGACACUUCUCUUACAUCCAAAUCAUUCAUCUCUCUUCAUUCUCAAAGUAUGGACCUUUGUUCUCAUCCCGAUAUCAUCCCCAUCCACGGUGCAUUGGCAGGUAAAAUACCUAAAGUGAACGAAUUGAUGCCUAUAUUCACAUUGUCAAAAACCAAAUUACAUUCCGACGUAUUAGGUGUUCCGGUCGAACAAUGGUUAGAAGAUGAAAGUUUGUUAGAAAUUCCAUUUGAGGAAAAGGAGAAUAAUAGAUUAUUAUGGAGAGGUUCAAAUACCGGUACGGUCCAUUCGGUUGAAACUCCCUGGAGAACUUCACAUCGAACGAGAUUGAUUUAUUUGACGAAUUAUCAAGAUGAAGAUGAGAAUGAAAAUUUGAAAGUGAACUAUAUCCCACCACCAAAAGGUAUAAGAUCGAAGGUCGAGAUGCAAAAGGUGAUCAAACAGGAUAAGUUGGAUGGUUGGAAUCAGAGAUCAAUGGAUUUGGGAUUUACAGGUGGACCUAUACAAUGUAAUGUUGAUGAUGGAACGUGUGAUGAUCUCAUGGAAGAAUUUUCAUGGACAGAACAGAUGACUCACGAUGAGGCUUUGAAUUACAAAUACGUUAUCGAUGUCGAUGGCAACGCUUGGUCUGCUAGAUUUAAGAGACUCUUAGCUUCUGGAUCACUGAUUUUGAAAGCGACCAUCAUGCCUGAAUGGUGGACGGACCGUAUUCAGCCUUGGGUGCACUACGUACCCAUUCAAAUGGAUUAUUCAGACCUGUACGACGUCAUGGCUUUUUUUCAAGGACUCCCAUCGACGCCAGGCGAACAAGCGCUGGCUCGAGAUAUAGCCAACGCGGGUAAAUUGUGGUCAGCGACUCACUGGAGAAAAGAAGAUAUGGUGGCUUACAUGUUCAGGUUGUACCUCGAAUGGGGCAGGUUGGUAGCUGAUCGAAGAUCAACUAUGGAUUUUGUCUAUGAGGAGCGCAUGGAAAGAAGGAGAGAGUAG